UUAUAUAUAUAAACGAUAACUUCACUAUUUUUCUCCCAGCACUUGCUUUCAUUAUACGUGGCCACUUCCAAUGAAUAAUAUUUAAUUUUAUUAUAUUUGUUAUAUAUUUAGUAAUAUUAACGUUAUAGUAUUUUAAGUAGUCGAAUCGUAAUCGAUAUUUUAUCGAUAAAUCGUGACGCGAUUUCCUUCAACGUGAUCAAUAUAAAUAUGGCAAAUUUUGAAAACGAACAAAGUACAAAUGAUAAAGAAUUAAAUGACAGUAAUAUUAGCACCGGUGAAGAAACUUCUCAAGAAGAAAUUGAGAAUAAUAUCCGUUCCGAUGAAGAACAAAAAGAAAAAUUAGUGAAGUUACCGUUAAGUCGGGUAAAAACAAUUAUAAAAAUGGAUCCCGAAGUAAAUAUGGUUAACCAAGAAGCCGUUUUCCUAAUUGCUAAAUCCACGGAAUUAUUUAUAGAUUCUCUAGCUAAAGAAUCUUAUAAACAUACUGUACAGAUGAAAAAGAAAAAGACUAUACAAAAACAAGAUGUAACAAAUGCGAUAAAUAAUGUUGAUGCACUUGUAUUUUUAGAAGGGGCACUAGAAUAAUAUUUAGUUUUCAUGUAUGUUUUUAUGUUACAUAUCUAACAAAUGUA